AUGAACCUCUGGAUUCCACGAGCAAGCUUGUCCCCAAAAGUGAAGGCUGCCUUGAAGACAACUACAACUGUGACUCGUGUUACCCGUGGUUCCAUCCACCCCAGUGGUUCGUUCAUCAGGUUGACCGACGGGAAGAUUACGAGCAAGAAGCGGAUGCCGGGUAUCUUGCAACUUCAGUCGGAUGAACCUUGGGAAUGGGGGCAGACUUUGGCGGACUGGCAAGACGAAAACCACGCUCUAGUGAUCAACUCGGAGAAAGCGCGGAAACAAGAACAAGUCCACAUGCAUGUCUGUCCUGUGUUCGCAGGAAGUACAAAUCCGCCUCGGCGACCUGUUCAGGACACACUGAGUGACUUGACGAGGUCAGACUAUACGUCGCUGAAAGCUGUCCCAGGUCGUGAUUGGCUUUGCAAGGUUGAACCCACAAAGUAUGCCCACUUCAAAGGUGUGACGUCGGAAAUUCAGUCAAAGACUGCGUCACUUCCCGAUGGAUGUAAAUGUCUGGUGGGUGCCGCUGUGGUGGUCGACAAGCGCGAUUACACAUGGUUGUCUCACUACUACAUCGGAGUCUACUCAGGGACAAUUUUGUGUAUAAAUGCCACAUUCGAGGCACAAUCACUGGAGCUUGAUAUACUGCAGAAAUGGGUUUCUUCGGGCUAUCUUGAGCCUACCGAGUCUUGGUCACGGGUUACUGUUACUCGAAUAGAAGAGAAUGGAACACUGUGA